CUGACACGGAGGAUUUGCAGGUUUAGGCGAAACCGCGUACCCUCCUCCUCUGUUAGAUUAAAUACCGUGGCUUCUAUGUAUAGUUUCUCACUAUGUUUACGGCGCGGGACAUGUGCGGAGCGCGCGUCCUGUGCGCAGCAGCAGCAGCAGCAGCAAGCACCUGGAGCAGCCUGCAGCUGUGACCCUGUUUGGAGAGGCUUGGGACGGAGGGCACCAUGCACACGGAUGUCGUGCUAAUCAACCUGCUGUGGAUGCUCGGUGUGUCCGGGCUGACGCGUCCGAGGGGACAAACACCGCAGCCAUACGGACACUGCAGAUCGAAAAGAGAAAUGUCCCUAAUGCAAGGAUCGGGUCGCAAGAUUGGCAGCCCCAUAUUCAAGAGGAGUCCAGAUAUGACCAAAGCCGGGGGCAAAAAGUCCGAGCAGCUGCUGAGGAUAGACGACCACGACUUUACGAUGCGACCAGGAUUUGGAGGCCCUGCAGUCCCAGUUGGAGUGGACGUGCAGGUUGAAAGCCUGGAUGCAAUUUCGGAGGUUGAUAUGGACUUCACAAUGACCCUGUACCUGAGACACUACUGGAAAGAUGAACGCCUGUCCUUCAGAAGCAAUAAAAACCAGAGCAUGACUUUUGAUGGCCGACUAGUGAAGAAAAUCUGGGUGCCCGACAUGUUUUUUGUCCACUCAAAGAAGUCCUUCACACAUGACACCACCACUGAAAAUGUGAUGCUGCGAGUUUACCCCGAUGGCAAAGUCCUGUACAGCCUCAGAGUGACGGUCACAUCCAUGUGCAGCAUGGACCUGAGCCGCUUUCCUCUUGAUACGCAAACAUGCUCUUUGGAGAUAGAGAGCUAUGCGUAUACAGAUGAUGACCUGAUGCUGUACUGGAAAGAAGGGAACCGCUCAUUGAACACAGACGAGAGAAUUUCUCUCUCGCAGUUCCUCAUCCAGGAGUUCCACACCACCAGCAGGCUGGCCUUCUACAGCAGCACAGGCUGGUACAACCGUCUGUACAUCAACUUCACUCUGCGGCGGCACAUCUUCUUUUUCCUGCUGCAGACCUACUUCCCCGCCACUCUGAUGGUCAUGCUGUCCUGGGUGUCCUUCUGGAUCGACCGCAGGGCCGUCCCUGCCAGAGUGCCACUGGGUAUAACCACGGUGCUCACCAUGUCCACCAUCAUCACUGGAGUCAACGCCUCCAUGCCCAGGGUCUCCUACAUCAAAGCUGUGGACAUUUACCUCUGGGUCAGCUUUGUCUUUGUCUUCCUGUCUGUGAUAGAGUACGCUGCAGUUAACUACCUGUCCACGCUGCAAGAGCGUAAGGAGAGGAAACUCAGAGAGAGGCUGCUGUGUACGUGUGGGAUGAACCACCCUGGCAUGAUGUCUGUGAGCUACAGUGAGAUGGACGUCAACAACACAGGGAACUAUGGCAUGCCGGAACAGAACGGGGUGAAACGGGAGAGGAUGCUGGUGCAGCUGGCGAUGGGGACCGACCAGGUCACCGGCCAUGUCGCCUCCGGCGGCUACAGCGACUCGUGGAUCGACACACACGUCAUCGACAAGUACUCCCGGGUCCUUUUUCCUGGAUCCUACAUCCUCUUCAACAUUAUCUACUGGUCCAUCUACUCCUAACACAGAGGGAACUCAAUCAGACCUACCUCUCCUGGAGUAAAGACACGUGCACUGUACGCGCACAUCCAGGCAUUUGACAGAAAGACCAGAUGUAGCCCUAAGGUGAACGUGAAGCAGUCCAACAGGACCAAGUAGAGCUGAACCUUUAGUCAGCGGAUCAACACAACAACAAUAAUCCAAUGUGGCUUCAUCACAGUGCAGGGUGUGUCCCGUGAUGACCAGGGACCAGCCAUGCUUGGGGAACUUGAAUUGAGCCGUUUUUCCAAACAGGUUCAGGGCUUGUAAAACUCUUCUUAAAGGGCUUGAAACAACAGCAGUGCAUCUGUAAUAUGUGGAAAUAACUCUUUUUUCUGGCCUCAUCCAUUUGGCAGUUUCACUCUAGUUGCUCUUUAUCUUUGUAGAUACCAUUCAUGCUCAUUUUAUACCUACUUCCACUCAUAAUGUGUUUGCUACUGUUGUUUGUGGUAUAAAUGCAAAGCUAUUAAAGCGCAGGAUUGUGUGAUCGUGUGUGUUUUGGUAUGUAUACAAGGGGAGAAACAUAAAACUAGACAAAAGCUGUGUCUCAAGUCAGGGGCUGCAUCCUUUGGAGGACACGAUUUACCUGGCCCCCGAAGGAGCCGGUCUUAAUGGGCCGGGUGCACUGCGAAGGCCGAACCGAAAUGAGACGGCCUUGUCUGCAGAGGAUCUACUUUCAGUGAUGGAAGGACACAUCGAUUACGAUGCAAUCAAUGUUCAAAUGCAGAAAGAGAGAAAAAUAGAGGUGUACUCCUUUAUGUCAGUUUAUCAUUAGAAUUACCUCCACCAAGGACGUUAUGUUUCCAUCUGCGUUUGAUUGUUUGUUUGUGUGUUUGUUUGUUUUUUAGCAGGAUUUCGCAAAAAAUACUUAACAGUUUUUUGUGGACAGGUGGCCCCGACCCAAGGAAGCAUCCAUUCAAUUUGGGUGUGAAUCCAUUUGUUAUCAGAGCAUAAUUUUUGGAUCAUGAUGAAAGAAAGUAGUUAUCUUUAAGGGGAAUAUUUUUGAGUGUGUACAAUUUGCUGCAGAUCCAAAUAAAAGCUACUGGAGCUGG